AUGCCCGAUCUACGUCGUCAGAUUUUCGAGAGCGGCAAGACUGUCUCGCGUAAGGCAGCAUCCCGUGAAGCAUCCCGCACCAACUCCCCCGCCAGUUCCAAGCCGACCUCACGUCAGGGCUCCCGCAAUGCCAGCAGAGCUCCUUCGGACGAAGAAGACUCGGGAUUCCUCUCUGAUGAGACAUCUAUGAGCAUCGGAUCUUUCGACGAUGAGAAUCCGGAACAAGAUAAUCCUGAUUGGGAAGUCGAACUUGGCGAGCGUAUUCAAGAAAUCCUCGAUCGCAAGCGCAGCAGUGUCCAAGGCCGCGAGGAGGCCCUGCAAGCAUUCUGCCGCCUGACCAAAUAUCACUACACAGUGGAAGAAAUCCACGGCACCAUUCCAGACCUACUGGCGGCAUUUGAGCGAAGCGUCCGCACCGAGAUCAGUGUGCGCGAAGCAAGUCUUGGCUUGCGCGCUAUCGAAUUGCUUGUUAUCUCGGCUUUCGACAACACGGUCUACGAAAACACUGAGCCCUUGCUUACCCGCACCAUCCGUGACUCCGCCUCCCCUCUUGUCAAGACAGCCGCUAUUCACUGCCUUGGUGCAUGCACUAUCUUCGGAGGUGCCGGUGAAGAUGGCAUCCUUGAACAGAUGGGUUUCCUCCUGGACAUCAUCGCCUCUGACGGCCAAUCCAUCGAUGCUGCAGAUGACCCCACCAUUGUGACCGCCGCGCUCCAGCAAUGGGGAUUCCUUGCCACCGAAGUCGAGGACUUCGAAGCAGAAAGUGAAGAAGCUGUCCAGAUCUUCAUGGAUCAGCUCGACAGCUCUGAUUCCAACGUGCAGAUCGCUGCAGGCGAGAACAUCGCCUUACUCUAUGAGAAGAGCUACAGUCCCCAAGAGGACGACGAAGACGAGGAAAGCGCAGAUUCAAACGACGACAGCGAUGAGCACGAGCACCACCACGAUCCCACAUCCGGUCCCAAACUCGUGAAGCGAUACAACGCUUACCACAACACUCCCGAACUGGAGAGCCAACUUCAGAACCUGGCCACCAUCCACGGCAAGCAGGUCAGCAAGCGCGACAAGAAGUCCCUCCACAGCAACUUCGCUUCGAUUCUCACCACUGUCGAGAACCCCCGCCGCGGUCCUCGCUACAACACCGCCAUCAACCAGAACACCAACCGCUACUACGGUAGCACUCUCACCGUCAAGAUUGGCCGCCACGGAGUCAUGACUAUCGACCGCUGGUGGAAGUGGCUGCGACUCACUGCUUUGCGCCGUAUCCUGCAGGGUGGAUUUUCCGAACACUAUUUCCAGGGUAACCGUUCUGUUCUCAACAGUCUUCCUGUCAUGAUGCGCUUGGCAGACCAGGGUCACGGCUCGGUGGAUCGCCAAGGUGCACGCAAGGCAGCCAAAAUGCGCAACUCGCGUCGCUGGACUACUUAUCAAUCCGAUGAUGAGGAUGAGUAA